AUGGAGGGUUCUUAUGUGAAAAACAUUCUCAUUCUAUCAUUUGGAAUUUUACUUUUAUACACUGCUUAUAUGGGACUUCAGACUCUACAGAGUAGCCUCAAUAGGAUUGAAGGACUUGGUGUUGCAUCACUUAGUGUGAUGUACGUUUCCCUUAGUCUCUCUUCAUUAUUCCUGCCUCCUUUGCUCAUUAAGAAAAUCGGUUGCAAGUGGACCAUCGUGGCUUCUAUGUUUUGUUUCAUUUCCUACAGCCUUUGCAACUUCUAUCCAAGCUGGCCUACAUUGAUUAUUUCCUCUGUAUUAGUUGGAUUAGGAGGAGGACCUCUCUGGGCUAGUAAAAGCACAUACAUUACAAUAAUCGGAAACAAAUAUGCAGAGACUUGUGGGAAAUUGGCAAAAGAUGUUGUAAACCAAUAUUUUGGAAUAUUUUUCCUAAUUUGCCAAACUUGUCGUAUUUGGGGAAAUCUUAUUUCUUCUUUGGUGUUUCACUUAACACCAAAUGCAGGUGGAAUUGAUGCUCCAAAUCAAACAAUUUGUGGAGCAGGAGACUGCCCAGCUGAAUUGACACAAUAUGGUAAUAAUACAGCUGGUCGCCCAUCCAACACUGUCAUUUAUAUUCUCCUAGGCUCAUAUACUGCUUGUGGUGUUCUAGCCAUGUUACUGAUAAUCAUAUUUUUGGAACGGAUACAAACAGACAAGGUUCAGCAAGAAAAAAAUACCUGUUCCACACUUCUUGCAGCAUUUAAGCAUCUUGGUGAUAAACGUCAAUGCCUUCUGAUACCUCUAACUAUGUUCAGUGGUUUGGAGCAAGGAUUUAUUGCCAGUGAUUUUACAAAGUCAUAUGUGACCUGUAUAUUGGGACUAAAAUAUGUGGGUUUUGUAAUUAUCUGUUUUGGUGUUACCAACUCAAUUUGUGCGGCAGUCUUUGGAAAAGUUGCUCAAUAUACUGGCAGAGUUCCAUUAUUUCUGCUUGCGCCAGCAAGUCUCCGGAGAAGAAGGAAAGAUCCGGUGUAUGGAGACCGGGUCUCUGUACCACCUAGUAAUAAUUUUGUAAUUCUUUUCCUGUGCAUAUGA